GUGCACUAAAUAGAAUCAUUGCAAAGCCGCUCUGGUGCUUGAGCCUGGUCUGCACCUUCCAGCCACUGACCAGAAGAUGCUCUUUAAACAGUUCGAAUCAAUGCCUGUUGUGUGGGCAGGUCUGACUAAAAUGGAGAACAUAGGAUGGGACAUGGCCUAUGUUAAAAGAGUAACACCAUUCUUCCGUCAGUGUGUAUAUGAGGCACAAGAUACAGACAGAGUAAAAGCUCUUUUUUCUUCACUCGAUAUUCACUUCAACCCACCAGAAAGUGUAACAAACUAUGAUGUUUUGUUC